GUCAGCGACGGCUUCAACACGUCCCACGAGAUCCACAGGCUGGAGUUCGGAGAGCGGGUGGACGGCAUGCUGUCGCCGCUGGAGGGCACCACGAAAAUAGUCAAGCAUGGGGCAUACAUGUUUCACUACUACAUCAAGCUGGUGCCCACGUUGUUCUCGGGGUCAGGUCGGACGGUGUACACGCACCAGUAUUCGGUCACAGACAGCGAGAAGAAUGUCAUGGUCACAAAGGGCCAGCUCACCGGCCUCCCAGGCGUCUUCCUUGUUUACGAGUUCACCCCCUUUAUGGUGCAGAAGACCGAGAAG